GUGCCGGCGAGGAGGUGGACGACAUUCCAGCCUCGUAGGCAAGUUUCCACUUGGAAACUGGGAGUCGCCGCCCUCUCGCCGCUUGGCUGGGCAGCAGUUUUAUGAGCAGUCGUUGCUCCGUAAGGACGCUGAGCGGACGCACGAUGGCCUCCCAGCGGCUCUGUUUGAGGUUUUUGGGGCUGGCUGUGAUGCUGACUUUCAUGGCUUUUAGAGACGUUUCCAGUAACAGCAGCCUGCUCAGGAUCCUAAAGAAAAGAGAUGUGGCAGGAGCUGCUUCUGCCCCCUCCAGGGCCUCCGUGGCCGUCCCCUCUUCCAAAGCCCUGGCGUUCCUGGGAAAGGUGAGCAGGACCAAGAGGAACCUUUGGGAUCGCAGCAGACCAGACGUGCAGCAGUGGAUCGCUCAGUUUAUGUCCAUGGGAUUUGAUGAGCAGAGGCUGGAGACCGACCUGUCGUACUGGAUGGACCAAGCUCGCUCCAGAGACCAAGGUCGUCAACACCAAUACGAUGAAAACGCCCCCAUCGGCCCGCGGGACCAGAGUUCCUACAGGCACGGCGCCGAUGUCAACUACGACUACUACUGACUGUGAUGUGUCAGUUUAACAAGAGCCGCGCAGGAGGGGAGGGGGGGGGGGGCGACACCCUCGUAACGCCGCAGCUGCUCUGCCAGUAUAACCAAUUAUCUCAAAUUAGCCAUCGAGCAGCGGCGAUGUUCACUGACAGUGAAAACACGAUGUGUUAUGUACGUUUUGAGGGAGCUGAUUUGUGUGUAAAACUGUUCACGUCUGUGGCUUAACUCGUCUCUUUUCACUACAUCAUCGCAAAUAAAGGCGUGGCUUCAUA